CCCACCUCCUUGUUCCCUUUGACAUCACAAUCACAACAACUUCUCCCUCCCCAUCCUUCAUUUCCCCUUCCACAGAGCAUAACUCCCCUAAGGGCCUGUGUGCCGUACCUCGUGGCAGUCACAGCGGCGCAUUUCAAAGGGGAGCAGCGCCACCAGCAGCGAGUGCGCAGCAUAGCCAUCUCCACGUAGGUCCUCCCCCUGGCUUGCCCCUUCCCUUGCGACGCAACUAUCCCGCAGCCUUUGCCCUGCUUCAUCAAUAGAAGAUUAUCAACGCCAUGCCCUCCUCUCGCGACAACGCCCCACUGCUGGGUCGCACCCCUUCCUCUCGAGCAGAGAUGGAUGCAGCAUUCGACGAUGAUGCUGAUGACAGUGGCGACUUCAAUUCUGCUGCUCCUCCUCCUCCAUCAUCCUCACCUCCCGGCUAUGAGUCUGCUACUACUGUCGCCCACAAUGACGACGACGUCUACUUCGAUGCUGGGGAUGCCAUGGCCGCAGAAGCUCCCCGCUCGCGAACUACCCAACCACCGCCAGCAUCACUCCUCAGCGCCCCGCAGACUCCAGUACGCAGCUCCCUCGCGCACGACCCGCUCGGCGUAAGCGACGGCGAACAGGAGGACACCCCAGCUGCCUCCUCGCGGCGUCAUGCGCCCCGCUCCUCGACUCCAGCAGGCGGCUACGACUUCGAGGAGGCCUCCUACUUUGGUGCUCCUCGCAGCGGCCGAUCACGCUCUGCGUCCCCCUUCCCUGAAGCUUUGGGGUCAAGCCCGCAGGCCAGCACCUCGCGCGUUGGCCUCGAUUCGCUCGGAUCGCCGGACAUCACAACCUACUCUACCGCUGGCCCGACCUCAGCAGCAGCCACGCAGAACGCACAAGGCUUCGCCCGUGCCCGACUCCUACUCGGCCGUUUCGGUCGCUAUGUAGGCAUGCGAGUUCCCGGCGCCAACUACUCCACCGUUGCCACCAGCGACGUCGACGGCGCUCCAUCGACAGGCGUCACAAGGUCACGCCGUGUGAUGGGCGGCGGCAUAAACCAGGACGGCGUCUUUGCCAACCUCAACGCCAAGCCCGAGGGGCGUAGACGUCGCCAAGCAAACGGCGGUGGCAAUCCGGACGAUCGAGGCGAAGACGACGACCUGGAGGACGAUGUUCUUCCGCCUACGUAUGAGGUCGCAGCAGCAGAUACCGCACCGGGCUAUUGGGAGACGACUAUUGCUCCAGGUGGUCUCGGGUGGACGCCCGGAGGAGGCCAUGUGGGCGACGUCGAGGAUCUGAUAUUGGAGGGCUUGCCCAUUGGCAACUUCUUCGGGUUCGCUUGGAACCUACUGGUCAGCAUGUGCUUCCAAUUCGUUGGGUUUCUUCUCACGUAUCUACUGCACACGACGCACGCUGCUCGAUGUGGCAGCAGGGCUGGAUUGGGGGUCACCUUGAUUCAAUAUGGCUUCUAUCUCAGGACGAGGGGUAUGCAGCUGGAUGAGGGCGGAGUAGGGAAUGGAGGCGGAGGCAGUGGUGGCUCCGGCGGUCAUGGUGGAGGGGAUGCAGGAACAGGCGGCGUCGAGCCUAUGACGGCAGUUACCUGGUGGGGUGCUACACUGGUCUACCCACCACCGCCUCCUGACCCAACACCAGCUUUCGCCCGCGCAAUCGCCGCCACUGUAUCCGCCGUCGCACCACCAGCACCCACGGGCACGGAUAUGGCCACGUCUCUCGCCAACGACGCGGACAGCAUCGCGGUCGGUGCAGGCUCCGGCUCAUCUGGCAACGGCAACGGCGGUAAUGACAUGUCGAAUUCCUCCGACUGGCUCGCCUACAUGCUCAUGGUCCUCGGAUGGUUCAUUCUACUCUCCUCGCUCCUCUCCUACUGGCGAGUCCACCGCUGGGGUCGCGCACUGGUUGCUGCUUCUCGCCGCGAGCAAGAGGCACAGCGAGCUGCAGAGAAUGGCGGGCAGGCACCUGAUGAGCUGGCUGAGGCUAGCGGUGCGCCAGUGGGCUUCAUCAAUAGGCUGAGAGAGGCUAUGCGUGUCAACGCUGGCCUGGCCACGGCGCAAGGCGGUAGGGCGACGGGCACUGGGGAGGAUUGGAUCAUCUUUCCCGCUGCUGCUAAUGGGAGGCGAGGGACGGCAGGAGCGGCGCCGACAAGUGGCAGCGUAACGGGUGCUUCUCCCUCUUCAGCGACCAUCUGGGGUGCUCCUCCUCGCCGGGGCACGCUUGCCUAUGCAGUCGAUGGCGACGAUGAGGACGAUGAUGCUCGCGGGGCGCGUCGCUUGACGGGCGACGAGACGCACCUCAGCCCAGAGGAGAGACGCUUGAUCCAGGAUAUGAGGGGCGUAGGUUUGAUGUGAGGCGGUUUCAUGGAGC